AGUUUGAAGGGUAUCAAAACGCGUCAUAAAAAGGAGCUCGAUUUUAUCAUUGUUCGGGAGCAAACGGAAGGCGAGUAUUCCUCGUUGGAGCACGAGCUCGUGCCCGGCGUUGUUGAAUGCCUCAAAAUUUCUACCGAAGCAAAGUCGCGUCGUAUAGCCAAAUUUGCAUUCGAUUACGCCAUAAAGUAUGGCCGUCGCAAAGUUACCGCUGUUCACAAGGCAAACAUCAUGAAACUGGGCGACGGAUUGUUCCUGAGAGUUUGUGAAGAGGUUACUUCUCAAUCAUUUCUAGAAAAGUGCAUUUCACAAACUCGAAACUAUUGCCCCACAUACAUUGCACUUACUUUAAUGACUUUGGUCAUGAUGACAGGCGGCCCUGCUCGCCAGCUGAGAAGUACACUUCGAUUCAGCCGAUGA